CUUCCCGGCCUCUGUCCGGGUGUCCUCGUCAGUCUUUGGUGUCGCGUUCUAGAACUGCGGGCGCUGAGGGAGCGGCAAGGGGCGGGCUUCGAGGCUGGGCGGGCGCUCGGGGUUGGAGCUGAGGGCCAGGGUGAACCGGCAGUUCCCACCCCCCUGCGGGAGCGACAAGGGGUGGGAAAGCCGCCGUCUGGGCAGGCGGGCAGAGCCCUCCCGCCGCCGUGGCUUCGGCGGAGGCCAGGCGUGAGGAGCUGCCGCCGCCUCUGCCUCACGGGCCGCGCUGAAGGGACUGGCCGAAAAGCGCCGCGGGCGAAUGGAGGCGCCUCCUCGCCCAGUCUGAGUUCAGGAGGGGCAGGAGCAGAGUGCGGGGCCCGCCUCCUGCCGCAGGAGCGGCCGCGCGAGCCACAGGAGGAGCGGCGGACGUCGGCUUCUCCUCGCGGAAGCCCCCAGCAUGGUUGACUAUAUUGUGGAGUAUGAUUAUGAUGCUAUACAUGAUGAUGAAUUAACUAUUCGAGUUGGGGAAAUCAUCAGGAAUGUGAAAAAACUACAGGAAGAAGGAUGGCUAGAAGGAGAAUUAAAUGGAAGAAGAGGAAUGUUCCCUGAUAAUUUUGUUAAGGAAAUUAAAAGAGAGACAGAAUCCAAGGAUGACAAUUUGCCCAUCAAACGGGAGAGGCAUGGGAAUGUAGCAAGUCUUGUACAACGAAUAAGCACCUAUGGACUUCCAGCUGGAGGAAUUCAGCCACAUCCACAAACCAAAAACAUUAAGAAGAAGACCAAGAAGCGUCAGUGUAAAGUUCUUUUUGAAUACAUUCCACAAAAUGAGGAUGAACUGGAGCUGAAAGUGGGCGAUAUUAUUGAUAUUAAUGAAGAGGUAGAAGAAGGUUGGUGGAGUGGAACCCUGAACAACAAGUCGGGAUUGUUUCCUUCAAAUUUUGUGAAAGAAUUAGAGGUAACAGAUGAUGGUGAAACUCAUGAAGCCCAGGAGGAUUCAGAAACUAUUUUGACUGGGCCUACUUCACCUUUACCCUCUCCCGGGAAUGGGAGUGAAACUGCACCUGGAUCAAUUACACAACCAAAGAAAAUUCGAGGAAUUGGAUUUGGAGAUAUUUUUAAAGAAGGCUCUGUGAAACUUAGGACAAGAACAUCCAGUAGUGAAACAGAAGAGAAGAAAACAGAUAAGCCUUUAAUCAUGCAGUCAGGAUCCAAAACUCAGAAUGUGGACAUAACAAAAAUAGACACCGAAGGUAAAAUUAAGGCUAAGGAAUAUUGUAGGACAUUAUUUGCCUAUGAAGGUACUAAUGAAGAUGAACUUACUUUUAAAGAGGGGGAUAUAAUUCAUUUGAUAAGUAAGGAUACUGGAGAAGCUGGCUGGUGGAAAGGUGAACUUAAUGGUAAAGAAGGAGUAUUUCCAGACAAUUUUGCUGUUCAGAUAAAUGAACUGGAUAAAGAUUUUCCAAAACCAAAGAAACCACCACCUCCUGCUAAGGGUCCAGAAAGAGAGGAAAACCUCUCCCCAACCAUGGAAUAUGAAAAAUCAGCACUGGAACAGAAACCUUCUAAACCAGCAGCUCCACAAGUCCCACCCAAGAAGCCUACUCCACCCACCAAAGCCAAUAGUUUAUUGAAAUCUCCUGGAACAGUGUACCCAAAGCGACCUGAAAAACCAGUUCCUCCGCCGCCACCUAUGGCCAAGAUGAAUGGGGAUGUUUCUACCAUUUCAUCAAAAUUUGAAACUGAGCCAGUAUCAAAACCAAAGCCAGAUUCUGAACAGUUGCCACUUAGACCAAAGUCAGUAGACCUUGAUUCAUUUGUAGUAAGGAGCUCUAAGGAAACAGAUGUUGUAAAUUUUGAUGACAUAGCUUCCUCAGAAAACUUGCUACAUCUCACUGCAAAUAGACCCAAGAUGCCUGGAAGAAGGUUGCCUGGCCGCUUCAAUGGUGGACAUUCUCCAACUCAAAGCCCAGAAAAAACCUUGAAGCUACCAAAAGAAGAAGAUAGUGCCAACCUAAAACCAUCUGAAUUUAAAAAGGAUACAUGCUACUCUCCA